UAACUUCUAUCGUUUUUACUUUUUUUACCAAAACCGCUAAGUCAUCGCCCGCCAGAAUCAGUAGAUGGCCGGCAGAUAGAUAGAAUAGUGGUGGUGUCUAGGUGCUGCAGAACUUUCUGCCACUGCAAUGGAUUCUGCGCAUAUGGCUCUCUUCAGAGCUCUGAACCGCCAUUUCUGCAGAGCUUCUUCGAGUCAAUGCAUUCCCACGGUGCUUCUCCAUCGUAGGCUAAAAUGCCUCUCUCAUAACCAUGCUACUCGCAAGUCCAGCUCUUUUUCUUCUUCUUCUUCUUCUCCAUCGCUCAGGAGCUUGUGUGAGGUGGUCACCCGACUGCCCUGCCGUUUCCGCUGUGUUUCGAGCUCCGCUGCUUCGUUUGCUUCUUCUGGCUCCGGAAAUGGCGGCAUUGGAGGGGUGGGUGGUGGUGGAAACGGUGGCGACGGUGGUGCCGGUGGCGAUUCUGGAGAUGCCAAUAUCAAAUUAGUUGGUGAUGGCGGUAAAGAGCUUUCGGCACUCUCGCCUGAUGUUAUUAUUCUCGAUGUUGCGGGAAUGGUGUGUGGGGGAUGUGCGGCUAAUGUGAAAAGAAUUCUUGAAAGUCGACCUCAAGUGUCAUCUGCUACUGUAAAUCUAACAACCGAGACAGCAAUAGUUUGGCCCGUAUCUGAAGCAAAAACUGUACCAAAUUGGCAAAAGCAAUUAGGAGAGGCACUUGCAGAGCAUUUGACUGGCUGUGGUUUCAAGUCUAGCCUUCGGGAUUCAGCAAGAGACAGUUUCCUCCAAGUUUUUGAAAGGAAGAUGCAGGAAAAGCACAGACAGUUGAAAGAAAGUGGGCGAGAGUUAGCUGUUUCCUGGGCUCUAUGUGCUGUCUGCCUUGUUGGCCAUCUUUCUCAUUUCCUUGGAGCGAAGGCACCAUGGAUCCAUGCAUUUCAUUCUACUGGGUUUCACCUAUCCCUGUCUUUGUUUACAUUGGUUGGCCCAGGGCGUCAACUUAUUCUUGAUGGCAUAAGAAGCCUUCUUAAAAACGCACCAAACAUGAACACCUUAGUUGGUCUUGGGGCUUUGUCAUCAUUUGCUGUCAGCUUAUUGGCUGCCUUGCUGCCAAAAUUGGGAUGGAAGGCUUUCUUUGAGGAACCAAUUAUGCUAAUCGCAUUUGUCUUGUUAGGAAGGAAUCUGGAACAGAGAGCUAAAAUUAAAGCAACCAGUGAUAUGACUGGACUUCUUAGUAUAUUGCCAUCAAAAGCUCGUCUUCUGGUUAGCAAUGACACCGCGGAGUUUGACUCAAGUGUUGAAGUUCCUUCUGACAGUCUAUCUGUUGGAGACCGAAUUCUUGUGCUGCCUGGAGAUCGUAUUCCAGUGGAUGGAAUUGUCAGAACUGGUAGAAGCACUGUAGAUGAGUCAAGUUUUACUGGAGAGCCUCUGCCAGCAACAAAAAUACCUGGGAGUCAGGUUGCUGCUGGGAGCAUAAAUCUAAAUGGCACUCUUACAAUUGAAGUGCAGAGACCAGGCAGCGAGACUGCCAUGGGAGACAUUGUUCGUCUAGUUGAAGAAGCACAGAGUAGGGAAGCUCCAGUUCAACGUUUGGCUGACAAGGUGGCUGGACACUUCACUUAUGGAGUAAUGGGCUCUGCAGCCACAUUUACAUUCUGGAGUCUGUUUGGCACACGCAUUUUACCUGCUUCUCUUUAUCAAGGAAGUGCACUUUCUUUGGCAUUGCAACUUGCUUGCAGUGUUCUGGUUGUUGCUUGUCCAUGUGCACUCGGGUUGGCCACACCUACGGCUGUACUGGUUGGAACUUCUUUGGGAGCUACAAGAGGAUUACUUUUACGGGGUGGAAACAUUCUGGAGAAGUUUUCAAUGGUAGACACUGUUGUAUUUGACAAAACAGGGACCUUGACUAUUGGUAGACCUGUUGUGACAAAGAUUGUCAAUACAAGUGGACAAAACAAAAACUUAAGGCAAACUGCAUACAAUGAUUGGUCAGAUGUUGAUAUUCUGAUGUUAGCUGCUGGAGUAGAAUCAAAUACGGUACAUCCAGUUGGUAAAGCAAUUGUAGAAGCUGCUCGAGCAGUUAAUUGUCAUAAUGCAAAGGUAGCAGAUGGAACGUUUUUGGAAGAGCCUGGGUCUGGUGCGGUAGCAAUUAUUAACAGCAAUAAGGUUUCAGUUGGGACAUUGGAAUGGCUCACAAGGCAGGGAGUUAACAAAAAUAUUCAUCAAGAAGUUGAGGACUAUAGAAAUCAGUCUGUUGUUUAUGUGGGAGUAAAUGAUACUGUAGCUGGCCUCAUAUAUUUUGAAGACCAGAUAAGGGAAGAUGCAAGACUUGUUGUUGAAGCUUUGUCUACACAAGGAAUUGGUGUUUAUAUGCUCUCUGGAGACAAAAGGAGUACAGCUGAGUAUGUUGCAUCUGCUGUUGGAAUUCCUAAAGAGAAGGUGCUAUCUGGAGUGAAACCAAAUGACAAAAAUAAGUUUAUAAAUGAACUCCAGAAACAUCAGAAAGUUGUUGCUAUGGUGGGCGAUGGGAUCAAUGAUGCAGCUGCGUUGGCUUCGUCACAUGUCGGUAUUGCAUUGGGUGGAGGUGUUGGAGCUGCUAGUGAGGUGUCUUCUAUUGUACUGAUGGGCAACAGGCUCUCACAGCUGCUUGAUGCAUUGGAUCUUAGCAGGCUUACCAUGAAGACUGUGAAACAAAAUCUUGGAUGGGCUUUCCUAUACAACAUUGUUGGGAUUCCAAUUGCUGCGGGAUUGUUACUUCCAGUUAGUGGGACCAUGUUGACUCCGUCAAUUGCAGGGGCUCUCAUGGGCUUGAGUUCCAUUGGAGUAAUGACAAACUCGUUACUUCUAAGAUACAGAUUUUCCACAAAGCAAAAACAAAUCCAUGGGGUAUCCCCAAAGAUCGAAACCCAUGCAGAUAGUGAUCUUGCCCAAAAAGAGAAAUUGAAAUAUGGACAGUAAAGUGGUAGAAGGUAGAUGGUACAAGAUGGAGGCACAAGAACGGAAAACAGGACACAGUUUCCCAAUCCUGCUUUUGGGUAGGGACAUUCUUAUUUAUCAGCAAGGAUAUAUAGACUUUCUUCUGCUUUUGCAGUGAUUUUUCAGCUUUGGUUCUCUGAAGAAUGAAGAAACUUGCAAACUAACAAGUAUGAUACUUUUUCCGAUCCAAUAAUUAAAGAAAUAGAAGCAGUCAGCUGAGAUCACUAUUGAGAUGUGAACUAGAGCAUGCUUGCGUAUGGGGUCCAAGUUCAGGAUGAGGUGUGCAGUGUGCUGAUGGGAUAUGAUACUGCAGGCCCCAAACCCAGAAUUUUAGAUUUCUUUAUAGCAAUGUUUAAAGAGUAUUUGUCAGAAGAUUACACAUUCAUUUUUAUAAUAUUCAUAAUUCUUUUC